UGCACGCACCGCUUGGGGUCGUUGAAGACAUCGUUUUGGAAACGCUGUGUAAUAAUCUGUCCGUGCAACUGUUGCUCAUGGGGUUGACGUCACUUGACCUGUCACACAGGAGGAAGAGGGCAUUAGGGCAACUCCUGCUUCUCUCGUCAACAAUCACAGUCAGCAGACUAGACUACAGCAGAGGAGAUAGAACUCAGAGCGACGCCGCGUUCUUUUAGACACUCGUGAGAUUGUAAUAGCCUAUAUUUGAAAUGCAGUUUGUAAUCGAGAAGUGUGCAUAUAGUCACUAAAGUGGGACAGUCGCGGUGUAGGAGUUGUUGAGUUGUUGUGCGGCGAACCACCCAUGACCAAAGCGCAUGGAAUAUUGGAAUAAUUCUGCGACGCACGAAUACACUUUGAACUGAAGAAGCGAGCUGGGAGUACAUUUUGUCCAUCGAAAAUAAUUCUGUUCUCUAUUGGAGUUUACUUUUAUUGACUUUUCAAACCACUGAUAUUUCUUUGUCUGUAUCCCUUUGUUUUGGCUGUCUACACGACUGCUGGACUGGACACAGUCAUGCGCUCUCUGUCUCUCUAUUGUGACAUCGAGUUUCCAGCAUUUUUCCUAGGCUAUUUAUGGUUUAUUUGAAUAGGGACAGAUAUAAACACAUUGAUAUAGCGAAUAAACAAUUAUCUGAAACUUUGCACAGUGUGUAGGACCAUUUUCAACACCUGACCCUCGAUGGGAUUUUGGAAAGCUUUAUGAGACUGUAGAGGACCUGCUAGAACUUCUGUUUCACAGACCUUACAGGACUUCAUAUUUUGUGGACAACAGGACAGGAGCCAUCAUGGGUGUCAGGCAGAGUAGCCCCAUGGCUGAGAGUCGAACCCGGGCUUAUUCUAGCCCUGUCCCCUCCUCUGGAGGCAGCACUACCCCAGUGUUCAGAUACACAGCUGGGCCUGGUGGGCCACAAAUUCACUACACCGGAUGGGACCGACCCAGCUCCUACCACCAGAUUAGUGUACCUCAUGGCGGACGGAGCAGGACGGAUGUGUUCGGUAACAGUCUGGACCAGGAUGAGUCAGACUGGGAGAGAGGAGAACACCAGCUGAUGAUUGGCUCUCUACCACUUCACCUGUCCCCUAACCUAAUGGGAGGGUUCCACUGUCCUGUGUGCAGUAAGUUUUUGGUGUCAGAUGAGAUGGAGAUCCACCUGAUCAUGUGUCUCACCAAGCCACGACUCGCCUACAACGAGGACGUUCUGGAGAAGGAUAGUGAGGAGUGUGCCAUCUGUCUAGACGAGAUGGAGCAGGGAGACACCAUCGCAAGACUGCCCUGUCUCUGUAUCUACCACAAAGGGUGUAUAGACGAGUGGUUUGAGGUGAAUCGUUCGUGUCCAGAGCACCCCUCGGACUAAGGCUUCAGAUGCCCACGGCAUGUCUACUAUCUACCUAGUUCUUCCAGAUCUACGUCCUCAUGACAUGCAGGCCUAUGAAUCUACUUUACCUACAUCUACGUCUUCAUGACAUGCUGGCCUAUGAAUCUACUUUACCUACAUCUACGUCUUCAUGACAUGCUG